UUAAGAUGGCGGACAAGAUGGCGGAAGUUUAACUUGAGUUCAAAUAUUCUCAAAUUUCCGUGACUGAAUGGACACUGAUUAUCUCGCUCACUCUAAAUGUAUAUAUGACAUUUUCGCCUCCUCUAGUUAUUCGGAUUGUUCCAGAAGAUGGCGCUGCCGUAGACUGGACAGUUCCUACAGGAAUCCAAUUUCGUGAUGUUUUGGAAGCUGUUUCUCAAGUUAUGCCAUCUGUAACUGUGACCUCUUUUGACUAUGAAGAUGAAGAAAAAGAUCGCAUUACUGUUAGGAGUGAUGAGGAGCUGCAAACAAUGAUAAAUGGGUUCUUCUGGCUAAAUUCAGAAAAGAUCAAACAGGGUGUGGCACUAGAACCAAUUGCUAUAUUUCCCAGAGCUGGUAGAUCAUCAAGAAAAAGAAAUAUAUGUGGUCUGACAGUCAACACCCGUGUCGCUGCAGCACCAUCAGCCAACUCAACAUGCAUGCCAGCUCCUAUGAGUACAAAUUCCACAAUUCAACCUCCUGUAGCUGAUGCAUCUGGGGUUCCCACCACCAAAAAAGAAGGAGGCAACAUUUCAAGCAUUCUUGCAAGUGGCCAGGUAAAUCCUGACCAAAUUCAACAUCUAGAAAUCCUUGGCUAUGGAAAUGGGGGGACAGUUUAUAGGGCCAUAGAUCUGAGUAGCAACAAAGUUCUUGCUGUCAAGGUAAUUCCACUUGAUGUAACAAAAGAAGUACAAAAACAGAUCAUCUCUGAGAUGGAGAUUUUGUUUCAGUGCUCUUCACCUUACAUUAUAGAAUUUUAUGGUGCCUUUUUUAUUGAAAAUAGAAUAUCAAUGUGUACAGAAUAUAUGGAUGGUGGAUCAUUAGAAAAUUAUGGUAAAAUACCUGAACCAGUUCUUGGAAGAAUUGCUGUAUCUGUUGUGAAAGGUCUGGCAUAUUUGUGGGAUCAAAAGAUAAUGCAUAGAGAUGUCAAGCCAUCUAAUUUUCUUGUCAACACUCAGGGACAAGUCAAAUUAUGUGAUUUUGGUGUGAGUAGGCAGCUUGUAAAUUCUGUAGCCACAACAUAUGUUGGAACAAAUGCAUAUAUGGCACCAGAGCGUGUGCUUGGGGAUGAGUACAGUAUACGCUCAGAGGUGUGGAGUCUAGGAGUAUCUCUGUUUGAGAUGGCUAUUGGAAGAUUCCCUUAUCUCAAGGACUAUCCUGAGAGAGUUGAUAACUUGUUGCCAAUCGAAUUAUUACAGUGCAUUGUACACGAGGUCCCACCCCGUCUUCCAAGUCGUCAGUUCUCAGCAAUGUUUGUGGACUUUGUAGCACAGUGCAUGCAAAAAAGCCCGAAUUAUCGUCUAACACCCAAAGCUGUGGUGGAACACGCUUUUAUCAGAGCCAAUGAUGACAAUAAUAGGGAUAUCAUUUCUAUGUGGGUGUGUCGAAAGCUAGAGGUCAAAAGAUCACGUGCCCCCAGCAUUGAUAGUCCAGCUUCUGUUUAAUAUUGCGUUUGAAUACCAUUAAUAGUUAUAAAUAUUUGGAGCUUAAGGCAGUAAAUGAAAGCCACUGUUGAAUCAUGUGGAAUGGAAGUCGAACCA